AUGGCAAAAUCUCCAAUUAAAUGUGGUGUAUGCGGAAAAUCGUUUUCCCAUAAAGAGAGUUUGAUGCGCCAUAAGAGAUCGGUUCAUACUGGAACGAAAUGGCAUUGCCCAACCUGCGAUGUAGUAUUUUCAAGAAAAGACAACUACCAACGCCAUAAGCGAAACCAUGAUAAACAACCAGUCCAAAAUGGUGCUGGUGUUACUACGACUAGUACAGAAACAAAUGAAAAGACCGAUCCAUGCAACUUCAAAGCGCUCAAUGGAACCGUUGAAACACAUUCGAUCGAUGCAAAAGGAUUGAAUAAAUUUGAUCCAAUGUCAUUCCUGAAAAGCCAGUAUGAUGAUGUUAAAGAUGUCAUCAAGCGUAAAAUUAAAGAAAGAGGUGGAUUGAAGUGGUAUCUAUCCAUGAAGGUUAAAAUGAGCAGACGAAAAGAAGAUGCCAUAGAAACUGCAGAGCCGCAUUUCCGGGGGAAAUGCCAGACCAGUUUAAAAUUGGAGGAUAUCGAAGCCGGAUUAAAGGAAUCUAUUAAAAAGAUGUAUACAUCUUUCAUCGAAUAUCAGAGACAAGGAAGCAAUUGGACGGUGGAUAAAGUGGUAAAUCUUACCAUACACAUGGCACGGUACAGACCCUUAAAAGGCUCAAGUUAUAUUCCACUUCCAAUUAAACUCAGAUCAAAACAUGCCAUUAUCAAUGUCAAAAAUAGAGACAGCAAAUGUUUCAUGUGGUCGAUUUUGGCAGCAUUGAACCCAGCAAAACGUGAUGCAGAGAGAGUUUGGAAAUACAAGGAACACACUUCAAGUUUAAAGUUUGAUACCAUCAUGUUUCCUGUGAAAUUAGCCGACAUACCCAAGUUCGAAAAACAGAAUACAAUAUCUAUCAACGUGUUUGGGUUUAACAAAGGCGAAGUAUUCCCUAUACACAUUUCAAAACAUCGAUUUGAACAGCAUGUUAAUCUACUCAUGAUAUCGGACAACAAGAAGUCACAUUUCUGCUGGAUUAAGGAUCUCAAUCGGUUAUUAGGGGACCAGCAUAGCCAUCGCGCACGACAUUUUCACUGUCCAUACUGCUUACACGGAUUUACCAAAGAAAGAAUAUUAAGCAACCACCUACCAUACUGCCAGACCCAUGGACCCCAAAAAAUUGAACUACCAACUGAAGACAACAAGUGGUUACAUUAUAAGGACAUUCGUAAACAGCUUAAGGUUCCAUACGUUAUUUAUGCAGAUUUUGAGUGCCUUCAAGAACCAAUAGUUGAUAGUAAAGAAUGUGAUCAGAAGACGAAAAAGACUACCAAACACAUACCGUGUGGCUUUGCUUACAAAGUGGUAGGUCUGACACCUGAAACAUCAAAUGAACCAGUAGUUUAUCGGGGUGGUGAUGCUACUGAUAAAUUUGUGGAGUGCAUGAUAAAAGAACAGGAAGAAAUAGAACAACGAUUUAAGCAUUGCGAACCCAUGAUCAUGACUGGGAGUGAUUGGCAAUCCUUUAAGAAGGCAACCCUGUGUCACAUAUGUAAAAAGAAAUUAGCAGACAUAAAAGUUCGAGAUCAUUGUCACGUGACUGGAAAAUUUCGAGGGGCUGCUCAUAACGACUGUAAUAUUAAUUACAAGUUUACGGGUCGAAUUCCAGUUGUGUUUCAUAACCUUAGAGGAUACGAUAGCCAUUUAAUAAUGCAAGCUAUUGGAAAAGUUGAAGGGAAAAAGCUGAAUUGCAUUGCUAAUAAUAUGGAAAAGUAUAUAUCUUUUUCAUUGGGAUGUAUGGAUUUUAUAGACUCGCUCCAGUUCAUGUCUUCAUCUUUACAAAAACUUGUAGAAAACCUUGCCAAGGAAGGUUCUAGCAAAUUUCGACACAUGACAAGCCACUUUGAAGAAGAAAAAAUACACCUGCUUCUGCGAAAACAAGUAUACCCAUACGAGUAUUUUGAUUCCGAGGCAAAGUUUUUAGAAUCUCAACUACCCCCGAUUGAAUCUUUUUACAGUACACUAUCGGGAGAAGGUAUAACCACACUGGACUAUGCACAUGCACAACACGUAUGGCAAUUGUUUAACAUACAGAAUCUCGGACAGUAUCACGAUCUAUACGUACUAUCAGAUGUUCUUGCAUUAGCCGACGUCUUUGAAAAUUUCAGGGAGAUCUGCCUCAACUACUAUGGACUGGACGCUGCACAUUUUUAUACAUCACCCGGUUUAGCCUGGCACGCUGCCUUGAAAAUGACAGGUGUCAAGUUGGAAUUACUCACUGACAUAGACAUGCAUUUGUUUAUAGAGAAAGGCUUAAGAGAGGGCAUAUCAAUGAUAUCCCAUCGCCAUGCCAAAGCUAACAAUAAACAUGUACCAAACUACAAUCCAAAUCAACCCAUUAAUCACGUGAUGUACCUAGAUGCCAACAACCUAUACGGAUGGGCCAUGUCACAAGCGCUUCCAGUUGAAGGUUUCAGAUGGCUCAACGAUUCUGAAAUUGAGAACCUACACAUAGGUGACGUUGAAGAUGACAGUAAAAAUGGUUUUAUAUUAGAAGUUGAUUUAGAAUAUCCUAAGGAACUACACGACGACCACAACGAAUAUCCAUUAGCUCCAGAAAAAUUAAAAGUUACAAAUGAUAUGUUAUCACCCUAUGCAGAAAAGCUAUUGGAUGAUUUAAACUUAAAAGGAAACAUCGACAGAAAAAUUGAUACCAAAUUUACAUCCAAAGCAAAAAUACGUGGUACAUUACAGAAAUUUAAAACUCUACUUAUCACUUGGAAUGAGACUUACAAAGAUCCAUAG